UCUCUUUGGCGCACGAGAUUUACCGUAAUAGCAGCCCACCUCUCUUUUCAGGCCACAUUUCUUUUUACCUGUCGUGUUUGUUGAUGUUGUAGCCAGUUCUCUGAAUUUGGGUCAGGGGUUAUUACGCUCCCACAGACCAUAGCAAAGUUUUGGAAAGGAAGAUGCGGGAAGAGGACUCUUCUCCAAUGGACAGUGCGGGGAACAGCGAUGAGGAGACCGACCGUGAGCCGCCCAGGAGAGGCGCGAGGAAGCGGCGAGCGACACGGAGGCGUGCAGAUGACGAGGUUGAAGAGGAGGGAGACUUGGAGAGUCCGAGCACCGGGAAGAAGAAAAGCAGAAAGAGCUGCGAAGGAGGAGGUGGCAGUGCGGGGAGCGGAGACAGUGAGGCCAGCAGCAGCAGCAGCCCCGCGCCCUCCUUCGAUGACCUACACACACAGCGCGUGGUGGCCAACAUCCGCGAGCGGCAACGAACGCAAUCCCUGAACGAGGCUUUCACGUCGUUGCGUAAGAUCGUUCCCACCCUCCCGUCGGACAAACUCAGCAAGAUCCAGACGCUAAAGCUGGCGUCCCGGUACAUCGACUUCCUGUGCCAAGUUCUGCAGAGCGAUGAGCUGGACGCGCGAGGGACCAGCUGCAGCUACGUGGCGCACGAGCGCUUGAGCUACGCGUUCUCGGUCUGGAGAAUGGGGGGCUCUUGGUCCUUGUCUACUACUACUACUACUACUACUACUACAACUACUACGUCCCACUAGCAGGGCUGCUGUGGAUGGUGCAGCACGAAUAUCCAGAGUGCAGAACCAGUGGAUCAGGCCCCUCAGAUAAACUGAAACAGGCGAAACACAGAUGAGGGGCUAGUCGCUGUGGGCCUCGGAGGAGAGUUGGCUUUUCAUAUUCUCUGCUGCAAGGACUGUAAUGCUUGCAAGGGAGCACUUAGGACAGACAGGACAGAUAUGAAGAAAGAAAGACCACUGCGACCAUGAAUGUUGUAAAAACAAAGUGAUUUCUGAGGAAC